CUAUAAAGAUAGCAUCAACGAGAUCCUCGAUCAAAUUGACUUUGCUUCAUAUGGUAAAAAGGGGAGAGGAUGGGUACUCUGCUUCCAACCUUAUCCAAUGAAACAUCAGAGAAUCCAAAUGCUUUGCAACAUAUUCCAAAUCAAAAAGAUGUUGACGCAGGUGCUCUGUUUGUCCUCAAAUCAAAAGGUUCUUGGAUGCAUUGUGGUUACCACCUGACAACGUCAAUAGUGGCACCACCACUGCUGAGUCUUCCUUAUGCUUUCACCUUCCUUGGAUGGACGGUUGGGAUCUUCUGCUUAGUAAUUGGAGCUCUUGUCACUUUCUAUUCCUACAAUUUAAUAUCUCGCGUUCUUGAACAUCACGCUCAAUUGGGUAAUCGCCAGCUACGAUUUAGGGACAUGGCUCGCGAUAUUUUAGGUCCACGAUGGGGUCGCUAUUUUGUGGGGCCAAUUCAAUUCGCUGUCUGCUACGGAGCUGUAGUGGCUUGUACCCUUUUGGGAGGACAAUGCAUGAAGGCAAUUUACCUGCUGUCAAACCCAAAUGGGACCAUGAAGCUUUACGAGUUUGUAAUCAUAUUUGGAUGCUUCAUGCUGAUUUUGGCUCAAACCCCAUCUUUCCAUUCAUUGAGACACAUUAAUCUAGUGUCUUUGGUUCUGUCCUUAGCCUAUAGUGCCUGUGCUACUGUUGGUUCCAUAUACAUUGGAGACUCAUCAAAAGGACCAGAAAAGGAUUAUUCGUUGAAAGGUAAUUCAGUGAAUCGCUUAUUUGGAGUCUUCAAUGCCGUUGCCAUCAUUGCCACCACUUAUGGAAAUGGAAUAAUACCAGAAAUUCAGGCAACAUUAGCACCACCCGUGAAAGGGAAAAUGUUCAAGGGACUAUGUGUUUGUUAUGCUGUACUUAUUUUAACUUUCUUUAGCGUAUCUGUGUCUGGUUACUGGGCAUUUGGCAACGAAUCUGAAAGCCUCAUCUUAAGCAACUUCGUGGAUAAUGGGAAGCCUCUAGUCCCCAGGUGGUUUAUCUAUAUGACCAACAUUUUCACUAUAGCACAAUUAUCAGCAGUUGGUGUGGUUUAUUUGCAACCUACAAAUGAAGUGCUAGAGCAAACUUUUGGAGACCCAGAAAGCCCAGAAUUUUCGAAGCGAAAUAUAAUCCCGAGAGUGAUUUCACGGUCAUUAGCUAUGACUGUUGCAACCAUUGUAGCAGCCAUGCUUCCAUUUUUUGGAGACAUAAACUCGCUUAUGGGAGCGUUCGGUUUUAUCCCACUUGACUUUAUUCUGCCGGUGGUUUUCUACAAUUUGACAUUUAAGCCAUCUAAGCGAAGCCUAAUUUUCUGGUUGAAUGUGACCAUUGCUGUGGUUUUCUCCGCAUUUGGAGCUAUAGCAUCCAUUGCAGCAGUUAGACAGAUAGUUCUUGAUGCCAAAAAUUACCGAUUAUUUGCAAAUGUAUGACA